AUGAAAUUCCUUUGUCUGCAUGGCUCCUACGGCAGCGCCGCGAAUUUUCAAAUUCAGCUCGCGCCAUUUGUCCAAGAAGUGGAAAAGUCAACUCCGGGUCGAUUCCGUUGGAUUGACGGUUUCCAUCAAGCUGACCCGCCCAAGGGGUUUACCGAGUACUUUGGGCCAUCUCCAUUGUACAAGUUUGUGGGAUAUGAUGGCGCUGAAGCCCUUAACGGGUUCGCCGAGAAGCUUCGCGACUUUCCCGUAGCUUCUGCGCCCGAAGAUACCAUUCGCCACUUGUUCAAGGACGAGGAGAUUUACACCGGCGACGCUGUCCGGAACAUGAUUGAUCAACUCUUGAAAGUGAUCAACUCGGACCCCGAGAUUGAGGGCAUCUUGGGGUACUCGGAAGGGGCAAUGGCCGCCGCCACCUUGAUUCUGGAAGAAAGACGCAGGUGGGAGGAAAACGGGACUCCCAGGAGAAUUAAGCAACAGUGUGGAGUCUUCUUCGCCGGUUGGCCUCCCGUGUACCUCAUGGGAGACAAGGUAAAGCCUUUGCUUGCAGACGAAUGCGAGAAUAUAAUCGACAUCCCCACGUGCCAUAUCGUCGGUUGCAAGGACCCGUAUAUUCACGGUGCCAUGGCUCUCUAUGACAUGUGCGACAAGGAUUCGGCCGAACUCUUCGACCACGGCAAGGGACAUACCUUGCCGAGAGACGGAAGAACCAUUGGCGAGUUGACGUCGACCUUUCACACUGCGAUGACGAAGUCCGUUCCGGUCUAG